AUGCAAUUCUCAACUUUAUUAGCUACUGCUGUUGCUUUAACUGGGGCUUCUGCUGCUGCCAUCCAAAGCUCAAUCAGAUUCAACAUCGAAUCUGAAAAUCAAGAAGUUAACAACAAAGGUUUAUCAUCUAUUCAUGAAGGUGCUGCUAUCAACUACUUCUUUGCUGGUGAAGGUUCAGAAUCAUUCGAUUUUGAUUACAAAACUGGUGUCAUUUCCAAAAAAGUUGAAAUUGCUGAUAACCAAAGUUAUGAAGAAUUCUUCACUAUCCAAGAAGGUGGUUCAGGUUUCCAUACUUUACAAACAUCUCCAUCAUAUGACAACACCAAAUGGGCCGUUGAAAACGGUUACUUAACUGGUAAUGGCUCAGACACCUUCUUUGCUGUCAAAGGUACCAACGAUCCAUACAACUACUCAAAAGAAUCAUUCCAAAUUGGUGUCAUGGCUCCACAUUCACCAAAUAUUUAUGAUGCUGUUGUUCCAAUCAAGAUCAAAGCUACAGUUGACUCUGUUGCUUAA